GGAUUUUCAGUCGUGCCUGUGCUGCCCAACAGAUGUCGCUUGCAGCAUUGGGUGUUGUUGUUUAGGCGUUUUUGGGUGAAAUUCCAAAAUGGCGUCACACCUCUUGUCGCUUAGGUGUAUCAUUUUGGUGUUUUAUCAAAUUAAAAUGAUAUCAUCUGGGCAGGGUCGUUAAGUGUUGUGUGGAAAAAAUGCAGAAAUCCCCAGUGAAGUGAUUUAGCACAAGUGACACCCUAUUUUGCAUGGUUUUAGUGGAAAAAUAGUGACGGUGGAGAGAACCUUUUAUGUUAGUGGCCUUUUUGGGCUGGUUUUUGCACAGCAAGAAGUGAGUGAGGAGGAGAGCCAGUGACACAGAAAACUUCUAUUUUCGCCACAACACAGAACUUUCCCAUUGGUGACGCACAACAGCCACUUCCUGCACCUCCAUCCCGUCUGGUGACAUCGACAAAGAAUGGAUAGUGUGACGACAACACGAAACACUGUGAGUGCAAUAGUUGAACAUGAUUAUACAGCGAUGCAACCAGAUGAAUUAAAUCUGGUCAAAGGUGCCAUCAUACAAAAUAUUAAAGUACAACCAGGUGGUUGGUGGGAAGGAACUAUAGCGGCGUCUGGAAAAACUGGAAUGUUUCCUGAUAAUUUUGUGCGUGUCCUAGAGCCGGAUGAUAAAAAUCCGGUUGUACUGAGGGAUAAAUCUGCAACAUCUAAUAGACGUUGCAAAGUGGUUUACAGCUAUACACAGAACAACAAUGACGAACUUUCACUUGCGGUUGGCGACAUCAUUGAGAUUCUUGGCGAGGUGGAAGAGGGAUGGUGGCGUGGUAAAUUGGGUAAUCGAGUAGGUGUCUUCCCCUCAAAUUUCGUCCUGGCCGUCGAUGAUGUAUCACCAGUAUCGGCUAAUAGGAUUUCAACAAAUACCUCAGGCAAUCGCACUAAAACUAGUCUCAACAGUUCACGCGAAGAUUUAGUAUCGGCUGGUGUAAAUAAUUCUGUCGGUCUGAUGGACAAAGAUGCACCGAGUUUACCUCCAAAGCCAGUCAGAGAAAUCUGCAAAGUUCUCUAUCCCUAUGAACCUGUCAAUGAGGAUGAAUUGGAAUUGCUCGAAGGUGAUAUAAUCACGAUAUUGAGCAAGGAUUUACCGGACAAAGGAUGGUGGAAAGGAGAACUUCGCGGCAAAGUUGGAGUAUUUCCUGACAAUUUUGUCCUCGUCCAACCACCUGACGCGUCACCUUCCAAGGACAAUCCCAACAAACCAGAUCGUCCACCACCGGCGUCAAAGAUGAUCAUCCAGAAGACGACGAACAACAGUAAUUCGACAAAUUCACGAAAAGACAGCUUCGGUUCGAAGGAUUCGCUGAAUGAGACGGGAAUUGUGACUGGAAGUGUUGCGGCUCAUAGGAAAUCCCUGGAGAGCAAAUCAGUGGAUCCGAUAGCUGAGAAGCCGCCCAGGAAGGCAUUUGAGACCAAAAGUUCGGGGGACAUGCGAAAGAGUUUGGAGAAUUUGGACGAUAAAAAGGUGACACCGCCGCCGGUGCUGUCGAAGAAACCAAGCGUGCCAAUUAAGAAGUCUCCAACAAUCGGAAGCGUCACUACAAAUUUGUUCUCGGGACUGAAGCAGAAGGUGAAAUCGACUGAGAAUAAGGUGAGCAAUGUGGAUAAUUUGGAUGGAGGUGCUGGGAGUAAGAUGGGAACGCCUCAGGUGGCGGAUAAUGGUGAGAAGGGAGUGAUUGGUGAGAGGAUUUCACGGAGUUUUGGAGAGUCGGAUUUUGAUCAGGUGGAACGAUCGAGUGGAGUGUUGAAGGAUAUGAGGGCAAAUAGGGCAAAAUUGCCGAAGGGUCGGAGACCUCCGACGUCAGCAUUGAAUUCCAGUGGAGAGAGUAGUUUGCUGAAUGGGAGCAGUGGAAGUAUUGAGGAGCAUACCAAUAGCAAGGAUACGUCACAGAGUGAGGAUGAAUUGGUGAAGCCCAAAGCGAGAGAAUGGGAGAAGAAUCGAGCGCCGUGGAUGGCGGAAUUGAAGGCGAAUCAGGCUAAAAAGACAUCACCGAGCUUCGAUGCGACCAAAUCACCGGAAAUUGCAAGGAGUGCAAUUGAGAGUGGAGACAAUCAUCAUAUGGAGAAGUCUGAUAUGUCAAAAUCCUUCAGUAGCUCCUUCAGUCAGCGCAAAUCCACGGAAAACUUCGAAGUGAGGUCAAAUAGUGUCGAUGUGAAGAGUACGACGACGACACUGAGGGAGUCAUCUUCGGACUCAAUGACCAAAUCCAUCUCGGCCAUUUCCACCAAAAUCACCAUUCCCGAAACCAGUCCAAUUGCCCCGUCAACUGCUCCGCCCGAGGAAGUGACACCCAAAGCCAGGCCUGCGAGUGUUGGAGUUAAUUUGAGGAAUCGCAGUAGUUCCCCAAUGAGGCAACUGAGUUCCGGAAGGCCUCCAAGUGUUGUCAGUGAAGUUCCUCCUGAACCGAAUCAACCAGAAUCGAAAGUGACAGAACUGGAGCACAGAGUAGCGAAACUUGAAAGAAUUGUACAGAGUCAGGGAAGUGCGAUUGAGGAUCUAGUAAGGCGUCUACGUGAGGAAACGGAUAAAGUGAGGACCCUCAAGGCUGAAUUGGAAAAAUAUGCCCAGUGUGUGACACAGGUAUGAAAAUAAUUUCCUAAUCCCAGUCAAAUGCAAACAAAAAGAUUGGGAUGAAAUUUUUCCAUGUAUUUUGUUUCCCGGUGAGGGAGGAAUUGUACAUAAUUAUUAAAAACUACAAUGGAGAUUUUUGAAGAGAGUAAAAGAUAAAUGGCAUUUGUACACUCUUGCAUUAAGAGUUCUAUAUAUCAGAGUCCUAGGCGAUGGAAAGGAGAUAUGCUGAUAAUUUCAGCAUUUAUCGUGAUUAAUCUACAUUCAGAGUAUUUAAUUGCAAGUUUUUUAGCAUUGUGAAAAACAGUGGCUGCUGGAAUUAUCUGAACAUGAACACUUUCAUGAUCUGUGGAACUUGAAGUGUCUUGGCUAAGAAAUAUUUCAGGAUUGUUAAAGUUAACGAAGAAACUUAACGAACAUUUCACGAAUUUCUGUGGAAUUUGUCAAUGUUCCUUCAGAGAAAUUAACAAACUUAAUAAAAUGAAAAA